AUGUUUUUCAGAUUUUUAGCUACCGGUGUAAACUUCAAACAGCUUGCGUUUAAUUUUAUGAGAGGUGCAUCAACUAUUGGAUUAAUAGUAUUUGAAACGUGUAACGUAAUAUGGACAAUUCUUCAGCCAAUUUUUAUGGCAGUUUCUACAGAAGACAUCUGGAGGACUAUAGCUGUUCGUUAUAACUCAUUGUGGAAUUUUCCACAUUGCGUUGGAUCUAUAGAUGGCAAACAUUUUCGAGUCCAGAAGUUUGCUAAUACAGGUUCAAGAAAUAUAAACUAUAAAGGUUUUUUUUCUGUCCAACUGCUAGCUUGCGCAGAUGCUGAUGGCUGUUUUACCACCAUAGAUGUUGGAGAUUUAGGUUGA